GCAACUGGACUCAGGGCUGCUCUAAGUUAUCGAUAGCAACAUAAUAGCAACAGCUGACUUUAAACGGCAUGUGCACAACGUGUGCGGCAAAUGCGAAGAAAUAUAGAAAAAAAACACAAACAAUUAAUUUCAUUGGCGGAGGAAAAACGUAGUAUUCAAAAUGGGUGAGUUUAUUGCGGAAAUGCAGGAGCGCAUGCUGCCGGAAUAUGAGCAAAUGAAGCAAUACCAAGUUUUUACACCAGAUCAAAUCAGAGAAUGUGUACGCAAGCGCGAACGCUUGCUGCUAAAUAUAACCAAAAGUCAAAUAAGGAUGGGCGACUAUUUGGAAUUCAUUUUAUACGAGAAGACAAUGUACAAAGCAAUCACAGAAAAGGAGAAACUGGGCGGCCUAAAACUGAAUGGCCUGAAAGCCUCGAUUUGUACCCGGGUUAUUCGCAUGUACAGAGAAAUGCUGGUGAAGUUUGCGCAUGAGAAGAGCCUCUGGGACAAUUACAUCAAGUUUAGCAAGAAAUCUGCGCCACAAGAGGUUGCCGGCAUAUACGAGAAAAUGCUGUCGUAUCAUGGUGACGAUCCACAAGUGUGGCUCAAUGCCGCUUUGUGGAUAUACGAGUACAAUCGAGCCAACAUAGCUCGCGUACAGGAUAUUUUGCUGCGUGGACUACAACGUCAUGCGUGCUCCGAGCCCUUGAACAGUUGUUUCUUCGAAAUACAGCUGAAGGAGGCCGCCCAGGCGGACAGCGAACGUAAUUUGGGGGAGAACACCGUCUCCGAGCAGCAAAUACAGAUGGAGCGUGUCAUGGCUGUCUAUCGCAACAGCCUGGCAAACAUAACGAACUUGGACUACUUUCUUAAGUUGCUCGAAAGCUGCGAAGAUCACAGCGAGCUAACUGCAGAGCUUCAGUACAACAUCAUCAAUGAAUUACAGACAAAGUUUCCGCGCGAGCCAGCGCUGUGGGAUGCUUUGGCGAAGCGUGAACUGCGUGGCUUCCAUUUGGGUGAUCUGACCGAGAAGUUCGACAACGCUGAUAGCGAUAAGCCGAGUGCGAAAAAGUCGAGUCCGGAUACGGAACGAGUUUUUCAGACUCGCUCGAAAAAGCGUUGCAUUGAACUGUGCGUGACCAUCUACAAGGUGGCCGUGCAACAUCUGCAAACACAGGAGAUGUUGAGCUUGUAUCUGGACGUCAUGAUGUCGCUUGGCAAGAACUACAAAUCGGAGCGCACGUUCGUUCAACAGUUCCUGGCCAACGCACUGCAAGACGGUCAUGCCUCUAAGCUGAUGCAUGCUCGACAUUAUGCCGCACUCAGCAAUAUGCUGGGCAGCAGUGAGGACGGUGCAGAGACAUGUGUUCGCAUCCUGACCGAGGCAUUGCAGCAUGAUAACUCGCUGCGCAUGCACGAGCUGCUGCUGGCCACGCUGAUUCGCAACGAUAGUGAGGCGAGCAUUCAGAAGUUAUUUAGCGAGGUGCGGCGAACUAUGGGCGCCGAGGCCCGGCCGCUCUGGGAGAUGGUUAUUGGCUAUUAUCGGGCACGUGGGGAUCAGCUGGCAAAGCGACAGCUGAACGACAUUUAUAUGCAAGCCUGCAAGGAGACCUGGCCAGAGUUUGUCAAUCUGCGCUGCAACUACUUGAGCUACUUGUGGCACGAGCAUUCCCCGGCCAAAGCGCGUGAAGAAUAUGCCAAAUUGGCGCAACAGCCACCCUUGUCCCUAAAGCUGCAUCGCGAGAUGGUCAAUCUGAUACAGAGCUCCAAACCAAAGGAUUUGACAACAAUUAAGGCAUGGCGCAUGUGCUAUGAGUUCAUGAUCACAUUCUUUGGCAAGCGAGAGCCGAGCGUUUGGAUUGAAUAUAUUAAAUUUGAGCGGGAUCAUGGCGAUCCCAAGAGCAUUCCGCUUCUUAGCCGUCGUGCGAUCGCCACACUGGAACCACAAUUUGUGUCCAUCUUUCAGGCAGAGCGUGCGAUGGAACACGUUGGCAUGUCUCUAAAUAAGUACUUCAAUUAAUUUAUCAUAAUGUAAGCCAUGUUUUUCUUUUUUAUUACGUUUUAGCUAUACAAAAUAAAUGGAACACAAUAAGACCGUCACUGAAAAA